AUGAUACAACUCGAUGGGUACCACAUAAUGAUAGUUUCGCAAUAUUUUUCAACGAUAGAUGACUUCAUUAAUUUAGAACUUGUAUGUAAAAAAUUCAGAGGUAAUAUGGCGAAGUUUCAUUAUAACCCAAUUCCUCUUUCAUUAGUUACAAUUGAAUAUUUCCCAAACAUCGAAACUCUUCAUUUGUGGUCUAACGAAGAUGAAGAAUUUGGAAGUAUUCUAUACGAAGAAUUGGGUUAUUACGACCCAGAAUUAGCGACGAAAAAGUUUUAUAAAGUGAUCAUUUGGUAUUCCGUUAAUUAUUUAACUUAUUUCCAAAACACAGACCGUAACAUCAAAUUUCACGGAGUGACAUAUACACAAUAUGAUAGAGAGCUUUUAGGAUAUAAAAUACCCAAUGAUGUACAAACGAUUGGAACGUAUUGCUUUCAUGAAUGUUUAGAUUUAAAAGGUAUUCAAAUUCCUCACAACAUAACUUGUCUCGAAAGUUGGUGUUUUAGUGGUUGUGGGUAUUUGGUAGAAAUCACAAUACCAUCUUCGGUGUCUUCUAUUGGUGAAGGGUGUUUUAAUGGAUGUGGAAGUUUAAGCAAAUUGGUUAUACAACCGGGUAUAACAACACUUCCCAAGUGUUGUUUCAAGCAAUGCUUUGCUUUAAAAACGUUGGUGAUACCUUUUACUGUUGUUUCUAUUGAAGACCAGUGUUUCCAAUUUUGUGGAAGACUAAGUUCUGUGGUAAUUUCCAAUACUGUAACGUCUAUUGGAAAUGAGUGUUUCAACAUGUGUAAAAGUUUACUAAAUAUAAAUUUGCCAAUUCAUUUGACAUUAAUUGGAGAUAAAUAUCAAAAAUAUCGUUUCGAAUAUAUAAAAGUAAAUAUUUCAACUUUAUUUAGAUCAAAUCCUUAUUUUUUUUUAUUUAAAUUAGAAAAAAAUACAGUAAAACCUCGAUUAUUUCCAUUUUUAUUAUUUUAA